UCAACUUUAGGACCAGUUUGACGUGCCUGACAGUAAUGAAAAAACAAAGUGUAGAAAAUCAAUGAACGGAAAUUCGUAAUUUGCAAAAUGUUUCGUUUAUCCAAAAAUAUCGUUCCUUCGCUAUCAAAGGCAUUGCUGAAAAGAAGUAAUCAAGACCAAAGCAACAGUAUCCUUGUACUUUUGCAAGGACCAAGAUUGCUUUCCGAUAAAGCAAAACCUGGUAAAUUUGCAGUUCAGCAUGAAGAUUUCGGGCGUCCGUUGUAUUUUGAUGCUCAAGCUACAACUCCUGUGGAUCCCAGAGUCCUUGAUGCUAUGUUACCGUAUCUUGUAAGUUACCAUGGUAAUCCUCACUCCCGGACCCAUGCCUAUGGAUGGGAAAGUGAAGCUGCUGUUGAGAAGGCCAGAGAACAGGUUGCUGAAUUAAUUGGGGCUGAUCCAAAAGAGAUUAUAUUCACAUCCGGAGCCACAGAGUCUAAUAAUAUAUCAGUUAAAGGUGUAGCUCGGUUUUAUGCACCCAGGAAGAAGCAUAUUGUUACUACUCAGAUUGAACACAAAUGUGUAUUGGACUCUUGCCGAGCACUGGAAGGCGAAGGUUUCAAAAUAACUUAUUUGCCUGUACAAGAAAAUGGAAUUAUUGACAUGAAAGAUUUAGAGAAGGCUCUUACUCCAGAAACUAGCUUAGUUUCCAUUAUGACUGUCAACAAUGAAAUAGGUGUUAAACAACCUAUUGCUGAAAUAGGUGCAAUGUGCAAGAGCAAGAAAGUAUACUUCCACACAGAUGCAGCCCAAGCACUCGGUAAAAUACCAAUCAAUGUAAAUGAAAUGAAUAUUGACCUGAUGUCAAUUUCUGGACACAAAAUAUAUGGUCCUAAGGGUAUUGGUGCCCUUUAUAUAAGGCGUAGGCCUCGAGUCAGAGUUGAGCCUAUCCAAAGCGGAGGUGGUCAAGAGAGGGGGAUGCGGAGCGGCACAGUUCCAACACCACUAGUUGUGGGACUAGGUGCCGCAUGUGAUAUUGCUAAACGCGAAAUGGCGUACGACCACGCAUGGAUGGAGAAACUGUCACAGAGAUUCUUAGACAAAAUAUAUUCAAAGCUGUCACAUGUUAUAAGAAAUGGAGACCCCAAGCAAACAUAUCCCGGCUGUAUAAAUUUGUCGUUCGCGUAUGUUGAAGGUGAAUCACUACUAAUGGCAUUAAAAGACAUCGCAUUAUCAAGUGGAUCAGCUUGCACCUCGGCCUCUUUAGAGCCAUCUUACGUUUUGAGGGCUAUUGGAACAGAUGAAGACUUGGCACACAGUUCAAUAAGAUUUGGUUUAGGUAGAUUCACGACACUCGAAGAAGUUGACUACACAGCAGAAAAGACAAUAAAACACGUCGAACGCUUACGAGAGAUGAGUCCGCUGUGGGAGAUGGUACAAGAAGGCGUAGACAUCAAAACAAUUCAAUGGUCACAGCAUUAAGACAGACACAAUUUAGUAUAGUUAUUCCAAUGUAAGGUCUAGGUGAUAAUACUGACUAUCGCAUAAAAGGAAAAGAUCUGGUUCGAUUAAUUAAUGUACAUCACAGGACAGCUCGCAUUCUUAUUUUUCUGCUUGGCUUUGAAUUUGCAAGGAAUGUAAAGAUAAACAAAACAUAUAGCAAUUCAUAAUAAAUUUAUAAAGGAGGCUUAUUUAUCAACAAGCUAUCUUUAUACAAGAACAAUAAUUUACUUGUUCUUUGACCUCAAUUAACAGUAAUAAAACUAAGUAGAACAAAUUAUAAUUUUGUGUUAUCAUUUUCAUAAUAAUUGUAGUUUAUAUUUUCUUUAUGAAAUCUAUUUCGCUUCUGACCUUCAAGAUGAUCAAAAAAUAAUAUCUGCACAAUCCAAUAUUACACAUUUUAGGAUGUUAGUUUGCUUUUAUUAUAAAACAAGGUUACAAUGACUGAAUUAGACAAGAGUUAUCAAAAUUGGAUAUACUAAUGAAUUGAAAAGCUGUUUUAGUUAUGAAUUUUAGUAUACAUGCGUAAUUGCAUAUUGUAUUGUACAGAGCAGACUGCAUUGGUAGCACUAAUAAAUCGAUGUUUAAAAUAUCAACACCGUUUAGUAUGUAGGUGUGUAUAUACUGCAUUGUUAUGUAUGUAUCAUUAUAUUAUUUUCUGUUAAUGUAAUAAAGUACAAUAGAGAUUU